AUGGCAUCCAAGAACGUUUUCAUCACUGGUACCACCGGUUACAUCGGCGGUGAUGCAUUCUACGCAUUGACCAAGGCCCAGCCAAGCUGGAAGUACACCAUCUUGGUCCGAAGCGAAGAUAAGGGAAAGGAAGUUCAGAAACAAUAUCCCGAUGCGAAAUUGGCAAUUGGAUCCUUGGAUGACUCUGAGGUUAUCAAGAAGGCCGCUUCCGAGGCUGAUAUUGUUAUUCAUACCGCUGAGAGUUCCGAUCACCAAGGCGCUGCACGCGCCAUCGGAGCAGGUCUACAAUCUACCCACUCCGCCUCCAGCCCCGGCUACUGGAUUCACAUCAGUGGCACGGGCAUUCUCUGCUGGCAUGACAUGGACAACAAACGCUAUGGCGAGGGUCCCCUCCCUGAACAAUCUUAUGAUGAUCUCGAGGGCGUUGACAAGGUCACAUCCCUCCCCGACACUGCAUUCCAUCGCGACGUCGACAAGAUCGUUAUCGAAGAAGCAGCUAAGGACACUUCCGCUGUAAAGGUUGCCAUUGUCUGUCCUCCUACUAUUUACGGCACAGGUCGCGGACCUUCGAACCAACGAAGUCGCCAAAUCCCAGGUCUCGCAGAAACAACCCUGGAAAAGGGCUUUGGACCCAUCAUUGGCGCCGGAAAGACGGAAUGGGAUAACGUCCACGUGCACGAUCUCUCCAGUCUAAUCGUGCUUCUCUCCCAACGCGCAGCAUCCUCUUCCAAAGAGAACGAUGAAGAGAUCUGGGGUCCUAAAGGUUACUUCUUCGCUGAAAAUGGUACCCAUAAGUGGAGCGAGAUUUCUACCCUGAUUGCCAAGGAGGCCAAGAGCAAAGGUCUUAUCAAGAGUGAUGAGACCAAGGUGCUGGAUGUUGAUGAAGCCCAGGAGAAGUUGGGAUUCCAGGCUCUUUCUUGGGGAUUGAACAGUCGUGGUGAUGCGAAGAGGGCGAGGAAGUUUUUGGGAUGGAAGCCAGAAUGUGAGAGCUUGGAGGAGUGGAUUCCUGAAUGUGUUCAGGUUGAGGCGAAGAGACUUAACAAAAAUUAG